UAAGCCUGAGUGCUGUCCUCCCCUCUCUCUCUCUCUCUCUGCUUCUGUCACUGCCAACUACUGGGGGUCCUGCUGCCAGCAUGCAUUGCAACAGGGCUCUGGCUGUCAGCAUCUGCGCCGACAACUGCAUCCCAGCCGGACUGCGACUUGGACCCAUCAUUGGCAUCUUCAAACUGGGGAAGUAUUUGACAGAUCGCAGGGAACCUGGACCCAAGAAAAAGGUGCGUUUUAUGAGAGGGGAGCUGCUGGAUGAGUCUGGGGGUCCUGCCACAGAAUGGAUGGGCUUAAUUCGUGCAGCCAGAAACAAUCAUGAACAGAAUCUAGAAGCUAUAUCUGAUUUACCAGGAGGCCAGAUAUAUUACAGGACUCUCAGGGAUGUGCAGCCAGGAGAAGAACUCACUGUGUGGUACUCCAGCUCCCUAGCGCAGUGGUUGGACAUCUCUACUACAGCCACUCCGACCCAUGAUGAAAAAGGAGAGGAGCGCUACAUCUGCUGGUAUUGCUGGAGAACAUUUAAAUUCCCUAACACCCUAAAAGCCCACGUUCGUUUUCACUGCGCCCUUAACAACAGCAGGGGUUUCCUGCAUAACGAUCAGGUUAGAAGCUCUGAAUCCUUUUCCGCAUCACCCAAAAUCUCAGAAGGAGUGUCCAACACGGCUCCCCCUAUGAGGACCAACCCCCAACUGGCCAACGGGUUAAACAGGGACGCUAUUAAAAGGGAGGCCUCCUUAUCUCCAGUACUGAGCAAGCUUGGGGUGAUCAAGAAGGCUUUGGGCAAAGAACAACAGGACAGAGCCUUGGAUAUGAGUGUGGGAUCUACACGAAACCACAGCCAGUUUAUUGGCAUAGUGGGCAGUGCAUGUGGAGGGAAUGGCAUGGCAUUUUAUCCAGGAAUCAGGUCUGCUUUUAAACCAACUGGACUAUCCAAAUUACCCCAUACCGAUUCAGUCAGAGAAGAUUCAAAGGCCACCAGCAUAGGAUUCAGCAAACUAUUGGGGGGUAUCAAGCCUAGCCGCACAGGGAAUGAAUCUCUGAUCAGUAGCCACCAAUCCAAGUGUCUGUCUGGUGGAGAUGGCUCCUCCAGCAUCUUGUCAUGUGCCACUGGGAUAAGGGGUUUCCCUAUCUUAUCCCAUUUGGAGGAAACAUCAGCCUUCAAACAUGUAGAAAGGGGGGUCCAUGCCAGCCUCUCCCCCACCAGUCGCUACAGCCAUAUGCCUUCAGCAGGACAUCACUUUGAGAGGUUCUCCAUUCCUCCAUUUGAAGGCAUCAAGUCAUACUCCUCAGAAUGUAAUAUCCCAGUCAUGCCUUUCACUGUGUACAACGGGGAACUUCUUUACAGCACUCCAUACUAUCCCUUCAAAUUUCAUUUCAGCAACCUCAUUAAGUACCCUGAGUCAGUAUCUUAUUUCAAUGCUGGGCCAGCUAUUAACCCAGAGUUGGGCUCCAUUGCCUCCAGCAUAGACCGUGAGCUUGCCAUGCACAGCCAUCAGCUUUCUGAGAUAGCAAGUGAGAAGGGCAGAGCGGGCAGGAUAGAGAGUCUUGCAGGAGGGGCAGCACCUGGUACAGGCAAACCCAAGAAAGGGCACCUUUGCCUUUACUGUGGCAAGUUGUACUCUAGGAAAUAUGGCUUGAAAAUCCACAUGAGGACUCACACUGGCUACAAGCCUCUGAAAUGUAAGGUUUGCCUGAGGCCAUUUGGGGACCCAAGCAAUCUCAACAAGCACAUUCGCUUGCAUGCAGAGGGCAACACUCCCUACCGCUGUGAGCACUGUGGCAAGGUAUUGGUGCGGCGGCGAGAUUUGGAGAGGCAUGUGAAGUCUAGGCACCCCGGCCAGACCAUCAGCAGCAAGGAACAGGAGCAGACCGAGCCACCUUAUUCCCAGGCAGAUCCCAGAAGUGAGGACAAUGACAGUGAAGUGGAUGUGUGUUUCACUGAUGAACAAAGUGACCAGGAAACUGGAAGCAGCAAGGAACCCUAACCAGCACAUAUAUAGGCAUAGAGCUUUAUCAGAAAAUUCAGUUGUAUAUAAAUAUAUGCAGAUCUAUUAUUCACUAUUUGUUAGGGUUUAUUUAUGUGAUUCAAAAUGCAACCCAGUUUUUGGACUCUUGAUUGCCAUUUGGACAUUGUUCUACAGACUGGCAAGUGAAAGACUUGUAUAUGAAGUGUGUAUGUGUGUGAGUGAUAUUAUGGGGGAGUGUCAUAAAAGUAGCACUUUUUUAUAAGCGGGGAAAGCAAUCCCUGUGUAAUCAGAUAUGUGCAUUACCCAACAGUGGAACUGUAUGCCCAUCCUUUUGGUGCUGUUUAACUGACACAACCCCUCUUUGUUAUUAGGGGGUUGAUCAUCCAGUUUAGGAUUCUACUGCAACAUGAAAUGGUCUCAAAAAUGGCUAUAGCAGAUGUUUACCAGCCUCUCAAUGUGCUAUAGACUACUGAACAGUUUGGGAGAAUGCAAGAACCUAUUUUAGCUUCAACAGAACAGAACACAAUAGAGCAAAGGUUCAAAACGGAGAGGGCCCAAAGUAGUGGAUGGGAGAAUUGUGAGCAGCUCAAAAAGAAAUUCGGGAAGGUUUUGGGUUGAUUGUUUAGUUGGGUUAUAGCACAAUAGCAGGGGACUAUUAAACCAAGAUAAAGGGCCUUAAAAUCCAAAACCUCUGCUUUGGAGCAUUUACAAAGUGAUUUCACCUUGUGAAGGCAAUAGAUUAGUGGAAAAAAGCAAAAGCAGGCACUUUCAAUUUAUUGCAUUUGCUCUUUUGCACUAAGGCCUAUGCUGACAGUGAUGGAGGUCUUUGUUUUAUGAUGUAUAAAAGUAAUAUACAGCAAAAUUACAUUCUAACUUGGCCUCUGAGUCAGGUACUGUAAACACAGUUAAGGUGUAGUGCACAUAUUUGCAAUGGGUGAUGCCAAACCGCAGUCAUGUGUCUAUUGUUGUUUCAACAAAAAAUCUGUUUUAUAUGUCUUGUAGUUUUUCUUUUUUAAUGACUCAUGGUAUAGAGUGAAUACAGUUAUUUGGUCUUGAUUCAGUUUGUUUUUUGCGAUUUUCUAAAUAAAUGUAAUUAUUAUA